AUGCCGAUGCUCAUCCCCGACGACGUUCGCGCCAAGGCGGAGAUCUACACCGGCGACGCGGCGGGGCAGGAGAAGACGCGGCUGAUGCUGGCGGAGACGGAGCUCCCCAGCGGCCUCCUGCCGCUCAAGGACAUCAUCGAGUGCGGGUACGUGGAGGAGACUGGCUUCGUGUGGCUCAAGCAGAAGAAGCGGGUGGACCACUACUUCGCCAAGGCCGGCCGCCAUGUCUCCUACGCCACCGAGGUCUCCGCCAUCGCCGAGAAGGGCCGCCUGAAGAAGAUCUCCGGCGUCAAGGCCAAGGAGAUGCUCAUCUGGGUCAACCUCCACGAGAUCUGCGUCGACGACCCGCCCACCGGCAAGCUCCACUGCAAGGCCAUCGGCGGCCUCUCCCGCAGCUUCCCCGUGGAGGCAUUCGAGGCCACCGACGCCCUGCCCGUGCCCGUCACCGGACGUCUCAAGAAGAAGACAGAGAAGGAGAGCGCCGACCAGAAAGACGAGAAGAAGAAGGAGGAGGAGGCAGAGAAGCCCAAGGGGGCCGCCGUCGCCCCCGCCCCCGCCGCCGUCGACGAGAUCGGUCAGAAAAUGAAGGAGAUGAACACGGAGGCACCGGUGCAGGCGGAGGCGGUAGCAGCCAAGAACUGA